AUGUCUUUCUCUUCGCUCCGCAGGUGCCGGUCCUCUACUCCGAUCCCGGAACCGAGGCGGCCCUUGAGGCGCAGCCUGGCUGACUGGCGUCUGCUCCCUGACACACCCGAACUCUGGACCUGGAAAAGCGAAGCACAGCUAAGCCUCUCCGAUUUAUUCCAGCCUACAACUAGCACCGCUGCCUCGGCUCAGUCCAGAAGCCUGGACCCCAAAAGCCGCGAUGCUAAACCUCGUCUCCUUUUGAUGGGACUUCGUCGGAGUGGCAAGUCGUCUAUUGCCAGCGUUGUUUUCCAUAAGAUGCCGCCGAAUGAAACCUUGUUCUUGGAAUCUACUACUCGCAUUCAAAAAGACUCUAUCCACUCCUUCAUGGACUUUCAAGUCUGGGAUUUUCCCGGUCAGCUUGAAUAUCUCGAGCCUUCCUUUGAUCUUGAAGACAUCUUCGGCAGCUUGGGUGCCCUGGUAUGGGUGAUCGAUGCACAAGAUGACUAUCUGGACUCGGUCGCUCGUCUUAACCGCACAAUUCUGACUGUUCAGCAAUACUACCCUGGAAUAAACAUUGAAGUCUUCAUUCACAAGGUGGACGGGCUCUCCGAGGAGUACCGCACCGACACUUUCCAGGACAUCGUCCAGCGUAUCUCAGACGAGCUCAGCGAUGCCGGAUACGAGAACGCGCCCGUCCAUUACUACCUUACCUCCAUCUACGACUACUCCGUCUUCGAGGCCUUCAGCAAGGUCAUUCAGAAGCUUAUCCCCAAUCUCUCCACCCUCGAAAACCUAAUCAACACCCUUGGCAACAACUGCGGCUUUGAGAAGACCUACUUGUUCGAUGUGCUAAGCAAGAUUUACAUUGCCUCUGACACCCGUCCUGUGGACAUGGCCUGCUACGAGAUGUGUUCCGACUACAUUGACGUGAUCGUCGAUAUUUCCGAGCUGUACUCAUGGGAUCACCCUUCUCGCAAAUCAAAGGGAGAACAAAUUCAAGAGGCCGAGAGUCACGUCGUCUUGCAUGACGAGACCAUGAUUCAUCUGAUGGAGAUGAACAAAUACCUCUGUCUAGUAUCCGUCAUUCGCAAUCCCGAGGCGAAGGAAAAGCGCGGUCUGAUCGACAUGAACUGCCGCACCUUCCAGGAUGCACUGAAUGAUGUUUUCUCGCGCAGUUGGGAACAGGAGGACCAAGCCAGCGCUUGA